AUCUUUCCGACAAAAAUGGCGACGUCGGUUUUAUGUCCGAGAUUUGUGUAGCUUCCUGCAUUAUUUUUUAUGUCGCCGUAAAGCAUAAUUACAAUAUUAGGGGAUAUCAGUAUUAGUUAUACAAAUUGUAGUUGUGUUCUUCAACUAAACUGGAAAACGCAGUCAUUUUACGUGUUUUUGGUAAUUCGCCAUACAUCCGACUGCUUGUUCGCUUGCGAUGGCAAGUGCUAUGGAGUCAGAAGAGCAGGCGAGGAAUCGCUUCCAGUCAGAGCUGGAGUUCGUUCAGUGCCUGGCGAACCCGAACUACCUCAACUUUUUAGCUCAGAGGGGCUACCUUCGAGAGAAACCAUUUGUGAACUAUUUGAAGUACCUGCUGUACUGGAAGGACCCAGAAUACGCCAAGUACUUGAAAUACCCCCAGAGCCUGCACAUGCUGGAGCUCCUUCAGUACGAGCACUUCCGCAAGGAGCUGGUCAAUGCACAGUGUGCCAAGUUCAUCGAUGAGCAGCAGCUCCUGCACUGGCAGCACUACUCGCGCAAGCGUACGCGGCUGCAGCAGGCGCUGGCCGAACAGCAGCAGCACAGCAACGCCACGGCCAAGUGAAACCGGCCGCUCUGUGAGACUGUGUUGCAUCCAAAAGGGUGGAAGAAUGGACUUAUUUGAAUCUGGAGCUAAGGCGAAAGAGAAACGGGAUAGAGCACUCUCCUUUUCACUUUUUUGGGUGGGCAGGGCAGGGCUGGGUGGGGAGGAGGGAGGGGUAGUUUUCCUUUGGGAAAGAAUUGUUUGUAUUCCUCUAAAGGCUUACAUGUGCUUUUUUAAGCCAAAGUAAGUUGUGUGAUGGAGUACUGCUAGAUUUUUUUUACAGUUUUUUAUUGCACAAUUGUUUAUUAGCUUAAAACAGUGUAAAUUGAAACUGGUGUUUCUUUUCCACAUUGUCUACAGCACAAUACAAGUAUAUCAUGUUGAAAAUGA